AUGGGGGAGCUUAUGGCCGUACAAGAAGAAUUGACAAACUUUGUGGCCAAGGGGUGGAUUCCGGUGCAACCGGAUCCGGACCACCACGAGUCGACCGUUGAAGUCGCCUUCGUGUAUACGGACCACGCAUUCCAUAUAUGUCUUCAAUUCACUCUGCGCAGGUUCGCCUCAGGCCCAGAUAUCGAUCGCGACACGUACCCGUACAGUAUCCAGUAUCGGCCGCACGCCGUGCAUCAUAUCGUCGAUGGCGUUGCUCAUGCCCUAGAUAUCAACAUCGUCCAGCCUUACCACAAAGAUGUCUGCUGCGCCAUCGACGUUGAUGCAGAUGGUGCUAUCUUGUUUGCAGACAUUCAACGUGCUGUGUCGGCUGCAGGGCAAUCCCUCGGUCUGCGGCGAUCUGUUGGCUUCGACUUUGAACGAGACACCAUACCUGAAGAGGCUAUUUGUCCGAGGAUUAGCGAGAAGAAUGCGCGUGGCAGCCGCCGUCUCCGAUCGUCCACCCGAGAUAGCGUUCGCGCCUCCGAUCCGGUGCAGAAGAGCAGGAUGGAGGAGAAGGAAGCACUUGUGUGGGAGCGCGAUAUGGAAGCGGGCUAUGGGAUGUGGUGGGGACUGUUGAGACGCGACAGUGAGGUGCCACCUCCUUUUGUAGCCGCUGCCGCGGCCCAGUUCAAGUAUUUCGGGGCUACGCUGAUGAAGCGUGAACACGUUGGGGAGGACGCAGAUUAUCGGGCUGCGGGGCUGAAGCGCAACGUUGAGCGCUACUUCGUCUCGCUGCGCUAUGGGAGAUUGCGCUAUGAUUUCCGGAUCUUAUUCCACGGGCAGUACUCCUCUGAGACUGCGAGCGUACGGGAGAGGAUGCAUUACGAGCCGGGCAGCCUCCACGAUGCCCUGGACCGAGUACCACUUCCCUUUCCUCCCGAGUGGCCUUUUGCCGCAAGGUUGUGUCUGCCGCGAAGGCGAGGAAUGCGCUUUCUUCUGGCAGAGCUCCGCCGCAGUCUUUCGUGGAUGGCAACUUUACCUCGUCAGAUCACCACGCUGCAUUUUCACUCCAGCUUCCCCACUGCAAUGCAUCUGUCAACAGCGACGGAGUACGUAGAUUGCAGGCAUGACUACUACAAGUGA